UGUAAGCAAGCAGGGGACCCACUGAGAAGUGAUAGUUGACUAUUGUCUGAUCUUGGAUGUCGUUGCCGUGUAUUUAAAUAUAAGUCGACAUCGAGUAGUAGUACGACCGCCUGUGUGUUUUUGAACAUUAAUGCUGAUUGGCUUAUGAGAUCAAACGUGAAACAGAAAGCAAACUGGAAAGCAGCAAAGCUACACUAAACGCUAGCAAGCUAAUUGGGGGAGAAGCACUACUUUCAAUCGGGUUCAAGUGACCCCAGGCGCAAUGCUUUUGACCGUAUUUUGCGAACCGAGAGACAGCUCGGAAACAACUUUUGCCCUCGACGUUUCUCCAGAUCUUGAACUAAGAGACUUUGUGGCUCUCUGUGAAUUAGAAUCGGGAAUACCGGCUGCGGAGAUUCAGAUCACCUAUGCAGAGCAGCCCCUAAGAGACCUCACCCGCUCCUUGGGGACGUAUGGCCUGAAGGAUGGGGACGUGGUGGUUCUCAGACAGGCCUCCAGGAGACCUCCAGCACAGCCCUCCUUCCCCGGUCUCCCUCGGAUCGACUUCAGCAGCAUAGCAGUCCCUGGCACGUCUGGUGGCAGCAGACAGUCAGCCCAGCCGGCGCGCACCACACGCAGCACCGCCCAGCAGCCUGCAGCCCCUGCCGCUGCCCCUGUCCCUUCCCCAGCCCCGGCUGCCUCCCCUACGGCCGCCCGGCCGGCCACCUCGCCCCAGGGCCUGGAGGAUCCCGCGCUACUUAGAGACAUGCUGCUGGCAAACCCACACGAGCUCUCCCUGCUCAAGGAGAGGAACCCGCCUCUGGCUGACGCCUUGCUCAGUGGGGACCUGGAGCGCUUCACCAAGGUGCUGCAGGAGCAGCAGCAAGACAGGGCCCGCAGGGAGCAGGAGCGGAUCCGACUGCUCACGGCCGACCCCUUUGACCUGGAUGCUCAGGCCAAAAUAGAGGAGGAUAUCAGACAGCACAACAUUGAGGAGAAUAUGACGAUCGCUAUGGAGGAAGCCCCUGAGAGCUUUGGCCAGGUGGUCAUGCUCUACAUCAACUGCAAAGUCAACGGAUAUCCUGUAAAGGCCUUUGUGGAUUCAGGUGCCCAGAUGACCAUCAUGAGCCAGGCGUGUGCGGAGCGCUGCAACAUCAUGCGGCUGGUGGACCGGCGCUGGGCCGGCAUUGCCAAGGGGGUGGGCACCCAGAAGAUCAUUGGCAGAGUGCACUUGGCUCAGGUGCAGAUUGAAGGAGAUUUCCUGCCCUGUUCCUUCUCCAUCCUGGAGGACCAGCCCAUGGACAUGUUACUCGGACUGGACAUGCUGAAGAGGCAUCAGUGUGCUAUCGACCUGAAGAAGAGCAUGCUCUUGAUCGGCACCACGGGCUCUGAGACUCGCUUCCUGCCCGAGGGAGAGCUGCCAGAGUGUGCCCGCCUGGCAUACGGCCCAGAGAACCGUGAGGACGCCCAGCCAGAGGAGAUCGCCGACCGGGAACUGGCCGAGGCCAUCCAGAGAUCAGUGCAGGAGAGCGUAGACACUGAAGAUGGACGAACUACCUCAUCUCAAUCAGCGCCAAAACUCUUUUACGAACCCCCCUCCCAAUCUUCCUCCACCUCCCCUUCCACCUCCACCGCGGGGGGCCAGGCUCGAACCCUGGACCGCUCCCAGUCCGCACCCACCCCCCUGCCACCCGCUCAUGGAGUCCAUGGGCCCACCACCACCACCACCACCUCCCCCACCUCCCCCACUCCAACAACGUCCCACCUGCCCCUGUCUGACAUGGCAAGGCCUGCCCCCUCCCCACUAGUUUCAAAAUCGCCACCCCUCCUCCCUCCCCCUCCCCCGUCUUCACUACAGGACAGUCAAUGUGCCACUCCGUCUUGUUCCCAGCCCGUUGUUCCAGAAACCGCCCCAUCCAAGCCCUUGGAUAUGCACGACCCAGUGCCAUCUGUUCAGCCAGUGACACCCCUUACCCUCAGCCCUCCUGCUCCAGCUAGUCUUGAACCUCCUCCACCUCCUCCACCUUCCCUUGUAGAGCCAGCCAAUUCAUCUCCUCCUCCAAGCAGUUCUCCAUCUCAGGGCCCUGGGUUGCCUCCUCGGGACGUGGACCAGGCCAAGGCGGGCACCGCUGCCAAACGGACAUGCUCCCCUCCCCCGGGGGAAGGCCACGACGCCGGGGGCAGCAAGCGCUCGCCUCUACCCGUCUCCUCGGAUGGCAGCGCGAACUUCACACAGCCCCGCAGGCCCACGUCAGAGAGCGAAGCCACCUCGGAGGAGAGCAUGGAGGGUGCGGAGGAUGAGUCGGAGCGAGACCAGCCUGAGGGGGGCAGCUGCAGCAGCAGCGGGUGCAGCAGUGGCGGCAACGGCAACGGUAAUGAAUGCAGCAGCAAUAACAACAACAACAUCCCCUCUCUGGCUCAGGCCCUGAAAGAACUCCACGCGCUGCUGGUGUCUAACCGCACGAUCCCUCCCCCUGACUGCAGGCCCGAUGCCGACGGCUUAGAUCAGCCAUUACAGCCCCACAGUUCUACUGCCACCACCAUGUCAGCUGGUCCGGCUUGCGACAACCACAACAACCAAACUGCCGGUGAGAUCCAGCGUCCAUGCCCACCUGAAACUAAGCUGCUGGGACAAAGGGCAGAACCGUGCGUUCCUGUGCCAGCCGAGGCCAGCUCCGAGGAUGCCACGCAAAGCAGAGGAGCCACGGACUGCCGGCAAGAUGUCCAGAGUACCAUGUCCGACACAUGCCAGGACGAGCAGAGCAGCGUGGGAGACUCAGUGACGGGGACAGUAGCCAACGAGGGGCCCCACCAGGAGAACAUGAGCAUCCGGGAGCCCCCCGAGGGCCAGCAGGGGAGGGGGGAGGCUGACGGCCGGGACUUUGGAGCCACCUCAGUGGGCCCCACUGACUUGCCUCCUGGUUCAUCCGAACAACCGAGCCCCCUCUCUUUAGCCGUGGGCUCCUCUGGUGAAGAGCAGCAGCAGCAGCAGCAGCAGCCGCCUACUGGCAGCUUCCCAACCUCCUCCUCUGCCUCAGCCACCAGCUCUUCCUCCACAGUUCCUCCUCCUGCCUCUCCUUCUGCCUCUAUUCCUCGUGCUGCUGUUCCAGCAGCUCCUGCUCCUUCCUCUGCUCCUGCUGCCCCCGUUGCUGCUGCUGCUGCUGCUCCAGCUCCUCUGGGCCCCCCAGCGGCUGCGCAUCGUUUCCCUGUGGAGGACAUCCAGAGGAUCCAGGCGGCGGGCUUCUCGCUGCAGGAGGCCACGCAAGCGCUGGAGCAGGCACAGGGCUGCGUGGAGCUGGCGCUGCUGAUGCUGCUGGCUCGCAAGAUCAGUGUGCCGUCUUAGACGAGCUCCAUCCAUCCACUGACUGACUUGGCUGUUUGGCUGGUUCGCUGACCUCGGUCUUGUGUUUCUGAUAAUGUUGUAGCACGUCCUCGCCCCAGAAGACAUCACCACACCCCCUGUGAGUCCCACACCCCCUGUGGGACUUAUCUUUCUGCUCGAGACUGCUGGUGGUCAACCUUCUCUCGCUUCUUCUCCUCUUUUGGUUCUCUGUCCAUCCUCUGUCCGUCUUCUGUGUAAAUGUGGCUGAAGCCAUGUUUUGAGUGAGUGAGUCUAUCCCUGGGUCUACUGUGUUUGAGAUGGGUUUGAUGUGGCCUCGUCAAGUUUCCCAGCGAAACGUUGGCGUCAUCGGCGCUCAACGUAGGCAAGUUGGGAGAUGAUUGAACAAUGUCCUUCAGGGUCUUGAAGUUAGUCUUCAAGGGCAUUUUUAUUAUCAGUUAGAAACCAGUCAACUUGAUGGCUGAGAUCAAGAGAGAGCAUGCUAGAUGGUCGAUAUAAUCAUGAGCAUCGUGAGCAGCAUGAGAAAUUCUGUUCAGCAUUCAGGCAGUGGCGGGAAAGAGGCUGAUACAAAAGCAACAAAAUGCAUAAAAAUAUAAUAUUGUGGGAGAUGUGAUAACUAAGAGACUGGAGUUUUCAAGAGCACAGAAAAAGCUCUGAGAUGUUUUGAAGGAACGUCUGAAGGAAAAUAUGGAAGUUGUGAGAUAUUGUGUGUGUGUUGGGGGGGAGGGGGGGUAUAGUGAACGAGAUCAGUCUUGUAUGAUGGUGAAGGCAGCACUAAAAGUAAAAGGCCAAGCCUGUCUCAUAUCCCGAGACACCAGUUAUGAUUCUUGAGGAGUAGGGGUGGGGGUAGUCGGUCUGCCUCAAGUGAACAUCCCACAAAGCAUGUGUGCUUUGUUCAUAAAAUUGCUAAUGGCAGUGUUUCUGCACAUUGCCUGCAUCAAGUUACCUUUGUUUUUUGUUAUUGUUUCCAAAUUUAAGUUCUUUGCACCAUACAAAUUAUUUUCACACUGUGGGAAUUACACACUGUGAAAAUGUGGAGACGUGUCUUUUUCAGAGGUGCUUUCUGUGUCUUACAUGGGUCUCAUGGUUUCAUUUCGGGCAAUAACCUUUCCUUUUCUUCGUUGCCAAUCCUGGAUAACUUGAUGUGUGUGCGGCUUGUGUACACUCAACUGAAAAGAAAGAUUUGCUUUCCAUCAUCAUAUUGUGUUUUAUGGUGUUAAAAUGAUAACGGGUUGGCCUUUUUCUUAGUUUCAUUAAAAAAAUGUUAUGAAAAGGUGAAAGUGGUGAAAGUUACUUUUUUUGUUUUCAAUUUUGUGUUUUAAAAAAUGUUAAAUUCGUGAUGCCACUAGUUUUAUCACAAUGACACCCCAUUGGGGCUGUCGUGGCAUUCUCCAUUUUAUUCAAAUCAUAUAUCCAUCUGCAAGUCGUUUUUAAUUGGCCGAAUAUUGUAAGUAAUGUCAUAACCCUGGCGCAACCUUUUUCCAGCUGUCUCGUCCGUCUGACAUUUAUGAUCAUUUUCAAUGUAGUCUCGGGCCAGGUAUCAACAACAUUCAGGCUACUUCACUUACUCUGUUUGAUCUUGUAUACGAUUUGAAAAAGAAAUAAAAAAUGUUCUUUAUAUUUUA